ACCCCCUUGAGCGAAUACGAGGUUUAGUGCUGUCGGACCCUCUUCGUCCAGACACCGCAAACUGCAAAAAGCUUUCCUCUUUCGAGCUUCGACCCCAAAUUCCUCCUACUUCCCGUGGAGUUUUGGCUCAACAGUCGUCCAAAAAUGUCCGGAAAUCAGUCCAAUGUCGAUUCGGUUCAAAGCCGUAGAGUCACCUGGGAAGGCUGCAGCGUCUUGCUGGACAUCAACGACGGCGACAGAUUGGUCUUCUCUCGACUCACCGAAAACUCGACUUUGAAGAUCGGGAAAAAGAACUAUUCUUUACGGCCGCUCAUCGGUUGUCCGUUCGGUUCUUUGUUCCAGGUCGAAUAUGGAGCUGAAGGGUCGAAAUUAUCUCGCCUUCUUCGAUCAGCUGAAGUCAGUAACAUUGAAGACAAUGGUGAUUAUCAGCCAGUAGAGGAGCACAGGGAUAAUAGGGAACUUGUCGACAACAAUAAAGCUCAGAGUCUUUCUGGUGAAGAUAUAGAGGAACUACGGAGACAGGGUGCGACUGGUGAUGAAAUUAUUGAAGCUCUAAUUGCAAAUAGUGCUACAUUUGAGAAGAAGACAGCGUUUUCACAGGAAAAAUACAGAUUGAAGAAGCAAAAGAAAUAUGCUCCCAGAGUACUGUUAAGGCGACCUGUGGCACGAAGUAUAUGCGAGACAUACUUCACAAAGUAUCCAGCCAGAAUAGGGUUCAUGCGAGUGGAUACAUUGUCUCUGCUGCUUUCCAUGGCUAAUGUUGCUGCAAAUUCUGACAUUCUUGUGGUGGAUAUGGUUGGCGGUCUUCUCACUGGUGCUGUAGCAGAGCGCAUGGGUGGUUCAGGUUAUGUGUGCAAUAUGUAUCUUGAAAGUAGCCCGUAUCCCAUGGACAUAGUGAGGAUGUUCAAUUUCGGUGAUGAAAUUUGUAAAAGAAUUGUGAGGACGUCUCUCAGUGAUUUAUGUUCUGUUCAAAAUGAUCCAUCUGAGCAAAUGGGUCAUGAUGUCUCCAUUCAAAAUGAUCCGUCUGAGCAAAUGGGUCAUGAUGUCUCCGCCACCGCAAAUUCAUCAAAUGAGCAAAUGUGUUCUCAUGAGACACUUACAGAACCAUCUGGUAUGGAAGAAAUUGCUCUGCCAUCUGAAAAUGAAGUUAGUAAAUGCAAAAUCCCAAAAGCUGGAGAUAAAGCAUCCCAAGAAACGAUUGACUUGUGGAAAGCAAAUGGAUUUUCUAGUCUGAUUGUUGCAGCUCCUGAACUGGAUACUUGGAACACAGUGAAAGAUCUCAUGCCCCAUCUAUCACAUUCAGCUCCCUUUGCAAUUUAUCACCAAUAUCUCCAGCCUCUGGCAACUUGCAUGCACCGCUUGCAGAGUGAAAAGAUGGCAGUCGGUUUGCAAAUAUCAGAACCUUGGCUGCGCGAAUAUCAGGUUCUUCCAUCAAGAACUCAUCCAUGCAUGCAGAUGAGUGCUUUUGGCGGGUACAUCUUAAGUGGGGUUAAGAUUUGUAAUCCAGAAAGCGCGUAAAAAGUGGUCGCGUUACAUCCUUGUGUGCUUCCAUAUUCUUUGUCAACUCGAGUUCAUAAGAGGUGUCAGCCUGUGACCGUUAAAACUGUAUGACAUAGUUUUGCCAUUCUUUUGUGUUGUGUUUGGAUCAUCGAAUCUGGUUAAUAUAAUGUUAUUUUCUGGGAAGCAAAUUUUGGGAUUGCUCAAAUC